UUUCGGGGCCGGAACUCGGCGCGGGAUCCGGCACCUAGAGCUCGGUUGGGCUCAGGAUGCGCGGCGGGCAGGGCGAGGCGCUGGCUCCGGUGAUCCAGUUCACCAACUGCCGCAUCCUGCGGGGCCGGGUGCUGCUCAGGGAGGAUCUGUGGGUGCGCGGGGGCCGCAUUCUGGACCCGGAGAAGCUGUUCUUUGAGGAGCGGCGCGUUGCUGACGAGCAGCGGGACUGCGGGGGCUGCAUCCUGGCGCCCGGCUUCAUCGACGUGCAGAUCAACGGUGGAUUUGGCGUUGACUUCUCUCAGGCCACGGAGGACGUGGGUUCGGGAGUCGCCCUGGUGGCCCGGCGGAUCCUAUCGCACGGAGUCACCUCCUUUUGUCCCACGUUGGUCACCUCGCCACCGGAGGUUUAUCGCAAGGUCCUUCCUCAGAUCCCUGUGAAGAGUGGUGGUCCCCAUGGGGCAGGGGUCCUCGGGGUGCACCUGGAGGGCCCAUUCAUCAGCCGGGAGAAGCGGGGAGCGCAUCCCGAGGCCCAUCUGCGCUCCUUUGAGGCCAACGCUUUCCAAGACGUGCUGGCCACCUACGGGGGCCUGGACAAUGUCCGCAUCGUGACGCUGGCCCCCGAGCUGGGCCGCAGCCACGAGGUGAUCCAGGCGCUGACGGCCCUCGGCAUCUGUGUGUCCCUCGGGCACUCAGUGGCUGACCUCGGCACCGCGGAGGAAGCUGUGCAGAGUGGGGCCACCUUCAUCACCCACCUCUUCAACGCCAUGCUGCCUUUCCACCACCGUGACCCAGGCAUCGUGGGGCUCCUGACCAGCGAUCAGCUGCCCCCGGGCCGCCACAUCUUCUACGGGAUGAUCGCCGACGGCAUACACACCAAUCCCGCCGCCCUGCGCAUCGCCCAGCGGGCCCACCCUGAGGGGCUGGUGCUGGUCACUGAUGCUGUCCCUGCCCUGGGUUUGGGCAAUGGCCGUCACACGCUGGGGCAGCAGGAGGUGGAGGUGAACGGGCUGACAGCCUAUGUGGCAGGCACCAACACACUGAGCGGCAGCAUAGCCCCGAUGGACACCUGCGUCCGGCAUUUCCUGCGGGCCACAGUGGCAGCCCUGCCCCUGCUUCCUUCUCACCGCUCACCUCUGACCCAGACUUCGUGGUGCUCGAUGACUCUCUCCACAUCCGGGCCACCUACAUCUCGGGCGAGCUGGUGUGGCAGGCGGAGGAGGCCAGACAGUGACCAAGGACCACCGCUGGAGGGGGUGCCCAGUCCCUGCUGGACACUGUUGGCUGGGUCAUCAAGGAGCUGGUCUCCAGAGAGCGGUGGGGGCCGAGGCCUGGAGGCAGCUGCUUGGAUAAACGUGUGCCCCGUAGGGACUCGCCUGGUCUCUGAGUUUUGCUUCAAAGAGGGGCUUUUGCUAUUUCUGUCCUCACCCUAGUGGCGCCAUUUGGAGGGAGAGGGGGGUGUUUGUGGCUUAGGGUUGGGAGCGGCCGGGUUCCAGCUCCACACUGCCUGUGGGGUUUAUGGGGCUCAGUGGGGACAGCAGGUCCUCUCUCUGUUAGAUGUGUCUGUGGCCUGUAGACCCACAGACAGAUGUGCCAGCUGGAAACGAAUGGAGGGCUGGAGGGGGAGGCCACAGGCUACAGGCUGUGAAGCGGCAGGAAGAGGCUUGGGGAGCGAGUGUGAGGCUUCAGCAGUUUGCCUGUGGGGCUGAGGGAAAGGGUAGGUGCACCUUGGAAUGUGCAACAGGAAAGAAUGGGUCAGUUGAUCAUAGAGACAAGUUAGGGAAUGGGCUGGGAGGAGCUGGAGACAGGAGGGGCCUCGGGUGGGUGCUGCAGAGGGUUUGGGAAGCUGGUGUGUGCAGGUGUCCUGUGAGUCGUUCUUUGCACCCCUGAAUUGAGUGGGCAGAGUGGAGGCCCAAGACCACAGCUCUGGACCUGGACACAGCACCAGGCACUCCUCUAACCUUCAAAAGGAAUCUGCACUGGCCUUGGGGCCCCUGGGCCUGACCCCAGCCAACCUGCCCAACCAGAGGUUCCACUGCCUUGAGCCCUCGGGAUAAUCAAGGCUCCAUCUCUUUUGGCUUCUUUUCUGAACAACUCUACCUCCUGACCUGACUCCUGAGUAGGUGAAAUGAUCCGCCUGAGCCCCAGUGUUUACACAGCGGUGGCUGACCCUGCCUGGUGCUGGUGGGCAGCUCUGGGGUCCUCCGUGUGUGCCCCACACCCUUCCACUGUGUUUGUCCAUUAGUGUCAUCUUGCAGCCUUCCGUGUCCUCUCUGUCCUGGCAACAGCCCCCUCACAUUGGGAGCAUGGGCUCUUGGGCUCCCCGGAUAGGACUGCUUUGAGGUGGGUGGGCUUUGGGGGUCCUGCUGUCUCAGGACAUUCACGAUGUAGUGGUUGGUGAUCCCCAGGUGUGGAGUUGUCGUCUUGACUCCCCCCCAUUUGGGUCCCAGGGUGGGCGCCCCCUCCCCCUUUCAUACAGGAGCAGCCCUCAGUGCAGGAGGUCAUGGGGCACCUUUGUAUGUGGCCCAGCCACAGCUCGUGCCUCUAUCUCAGAGCCACUGAAGGAAGUGUCUGUGGACCCAAGGUGACAAAAAUGGCUGCAGGUCCCAGCAGUGUUUGACGUUGAACAGGCUGGGAAGAACAACCACGUGCUGCAGGGAGGAGCCUUUACAGGGCCCACCUGUGCCAGGUUUCCUCCUAGUGCUCUAGUGUCUUAACUCUU